UGCUUCUUCACCGCCCGAGUGAGAGAAGAAGAGAAAAUCACUCUUCUCCUGCCUUGUUUUUGUUUCUGUUUUCUUUCGUCGUUCUCCUCCUCCUCCUCCUCCUCCUCUUCCUCUUCCUCCCAAGAACAGGAAAACAAAAAAAGAAACAGAAAUGGCCCGCGUCACUCACGACCAGCCUAGCGACCGCAUCUCGGGCGACGACGGACCCGACGAUAAGAACGUCACCGAAUACCUGGACGAGGUGGUCGACGAUGUCGACAAGCGUCCGCAAGGCUUGGAGCCACCGCCCCUGGUGCGAGCGAUGAGUCCGGCGGAGAGAGAAGUGCUGGAGAAGCAGUUGACGAGGAAAAUCGACAUUCGAUUGCUCCCACCCGUCAUCAUCAUGUAUAUUCUCAACUAUCUCGAUCGCAACAAUAUUGCCACUGCGCGACUCGCGGGAACUCCGGGGCUGGAGGAAGAUCUGGGUCUCACAGAUUCGCAGUAUGAGACGUGUGUGUCGAUUCUGUUUGUGGGCUACAUCUUGAUGCAAGUACCCAGCAACUUGUUCCUGAACAAGAUCGGCAAACCGGCCUUGUUUCUGCCCGGCAUGAUGGUCGUCUGGGGUAUCGUCUCGCUGUGUACGGCCGCCGCCAAGAACUUUACCCAUCUGGUCGUCAUUCGAUUCUUCCUGGGUUUCGUCGAAGCCGCCUACUUUCCUGGAUGUCUCUUCUUCCUCUCCUGUUGGUACACUCGAAAGCAACUCGCCUUCCGAUCCGCCGUCUUGUACUCGGGUUCCCUCAUCUCGGGUGCAUUCGCUGGUUUAAUCGCCGCGGGUAUCACUGAUGGCAUGGAUCGCAAGCUCGGCCUUCCGGCGUGGAGAUGGCUCUUCAUCAUCGAAGGCGCUGUGACCGUUGCCGUUGCCAGUGUGUGCUUCUUCAUCUUGCCCAACUUCCCCACGACCACCAAGUGGCUCACAGAGGAAGAACGUCAACUCGCAGUCUGGCGCUUGCAGGAAGACGUUGGUGUUGACGACUGGACCAGUAGCAAAGACCAAUCCUUCUUCCACGGUUUCGUUCUGGCCAUCAAGGACAUCAAAGUCUGGAUUCUGAUGAUUAUGCUUCUCGGAGUAGUCAGCGCCGCGUCUGUCACCAACUUCUUCCCUACUGUGGUCGAGACACUCGGCUACAACAAGAUCAAUUCGCUCCUGCUCACGGCCCCUCCCUACAUCCUCGCAGUCUUCUGUGCUUUUGCCAACGCUCUACAUGCAGACAAGACUGGAGAACGAUUUCUGCAUGUCACGCUACCAUUGCUCGUGGGUAUCGCAGCAUUCGUCCUCGCGGCUGCCACCACGUCCGUGGCUCCUCGAUACGUCGCCAUGAUGCUCAUGGUUCCAGGAGUAUACACGUCCUAUGUGAUCAUCCUGGCCUGGAUAUCAAACACCAUCUCGCGUCCACCGGCCAAGCGUGCGGCCGCGAUUGCACUCAUCAACGCCGUGGCCAAUGCUUCGCAGAUUUAUGCUUCGUACAUGUACUCUGGAGGACCGAGAUACAUUAUCGCAUUCUCCGUCAAUUGUGGAACUCUGGUCCUGUCCAUCAUCAUGGCGGCUGCCUUGCGUAUCAUCUUGGUGCGUGCCAACAAGAAGCUUGACCGAGGUGAAGCCGUAGAGGCGGUUGUAUCAGGAGUGGUCGACCCGAGUAAUGCUCCCGCUGUGACAAAGCGCUUCCGAUACCUGGUCUAGAGUGGUGGAAGCAAGUCAGCGGCAGUGGUAUUGGCACAACAUGUACAAAUUCUUCUCGCAGCCCGCUGAACGCCAAGCGACUUAAUGAUCCGCAUAGAUUGUAUGAUGAUGAUAAUGAUGAUGAUGAAGAACACGAUACUAUAAAGACCAGACGCUGGACUACCGCGCGACUUCUCAUCAAGACAUGGAGGCUCCUCGGCCCGACAAAGCUUAUUUGCACAAGAUCGCCAAUCCCGGCUGCCCAGCAAUCCAGCAAUCCAGCAUCCAUAGAAGGAGCCUCAGGGAGGUAGAGAGAGGACCAGGGAGGUACCCAGUCUAGUCCAUCUUGUCCGAUGAGGUCUAAUUUCGGCUGAUGCGGUGAGGGCCCGGGAGUCCAAGGACCAUGCUCGAUCGCGGAAUCGAAUAUCCAUUCAUCAAAGGAAACUGGAACAAGGUCCAGGACUCUACUAGUAGUAGAAGUCUAAAAGGGAACGUGUUGGUGCCAAUGUCCUGCCAACGUGAAUGGUGGUGCUCGCAAAGUGCUGGCUGUGCUCCACUAUUUAGUAGGUAAGUGAGUUAUAGUUAGUAGUGGUCAAAACGUGUAUCUUCUAGGAACUUCCCAGGUUACUCAGGUACCUACCUACAUUACUUGACAACAACAACAUCAUCAUCCAG